CGGACCGGAUCGCGUGUUCAGAAUGAAUCGAUUCAUUGAUCAUGUUCGAGGAGGAACACAAAGACCUGCCGCGGAUCUCAAGUGGCGUUACGGAGUGAAAACUUGUUAAGUGUGUGUGUGUGUGUGUGUGUGUGUGUGUGUGUGUGUGUUCGGAUCCAUCAAGAUGUGUGUGUGAGAUCUGCUUUCUGAAGUUUAUAAAGGAACACACUCCACUGAAGCGGCUUUUCUCUGAGGAAUGAGUCAUUUAUUCAUAUCAAUGAGAACAUGUAACACAUUCAUCAUGUCAUAGAAGAUUUCUCCUCGAGCGCUUCAGUCAGUGUUUCUGCAGGAUGGAUGAACUACAUCUCAUGCUGUCUGGACUUCAAUGGAGUUUCAGUUCUGCUCGAAUGUUCUGAUCGGACACUGCUUGAGUUUGGUGAAGCUUCAUGAGCUUUAGAUGCACCGAUGAUGAUGAUGAUGAUGAUGAUGGUGAUGAUGAUGAGCUGGAGCGCUUUACUUCAGACCUGCUUCAUAGUGAUGAUAGUGAGAGCUGAGCAGUUUCACCACAGAGACUCAUCCAACUGUCAGCUCAAUAGACAACAAAGUGAGCUCAACUCGUUCCUGUGGACUAUAAAGCGAGACCCACCCGCUUAUUUCUAUGGCACGAUUCAUGUUCCCUACACACGCGUGUGGGACUAUAUCCCUGAGAACUCCAAAAAGGCCUUUCAGGAGAGUAACAUUGUGUACUUUGAGUUGGACCUGACUGACCCGUACACCAUCUCCGCAUUGACGAGCUGUCAGCUUCUGCCGCAGGGUGAGAAUCUACAGGACGUGCUGCCCAAAGACAUCUACUGGCGGCUCAAGAGACACCUGGAGUAUGUCAAACUCAUGAUGCCCUCGUGGAUGACCCCGGAUCAGCGGGGCAAGGGCUUGUACGCAGACUACCUGUUCAACGCUAUAGUGGGAAACUGGGAGCGCAAGCGUCCGGUGUGGGUGAUGCUAAUGGUGAACUCUUUGACAGAGGCCGAUAUAAAGACUCGUGGUGUUCCCGUGUUGGAUCUGUAUCUCGCACAGGAAGCGGAGCGGAUGAAGAAGAAGACGGGAGCCGUGGAGAGGGUUGAGGAGCAGUGCCACCCCCUGAACGGACUCAAUUUCUCUCAGGUGAUUUUUGCUCUGAAUCAAACUCUACUGCAGCAGGAAAGUCUCCGGGCUGGAAGUUUACAGGUGCCAUACACCACAGAAGAUCUCAUCAAGCACUACAACUGUGGAGAUCUGAACUCCAUCAUCUUCAACCACGACACCUCACAGGUUCCAAACUUCAACAAUGUGACGUUGCCGCCGAGUGAACAGGUGACGGCACAGGAGAUCGACAGCUACUUCAGACAGGAACUCAUCUACAAACGGAAUGAGAGGAUGGGGCUACGAGUCAAAGCCCUGCUGGAGGAACAUCCAGACAAGAGCUUCUUCUUUGCCUUUGGAGCAGGUCAUUUUCUGGGAAACAACACCGUGAUUGACGUGUUGCGCAGAGAAGGAUACGAGAUCGAACACACACCUGCUGGACAACAGCUGCACAGCAGCAGAUCGAGCUGGAGUUCAGAUGAACUGACGGAAGCAGACGCACAGCUGCAGCCGUUCCUGCAUGAGCCACAUGCGCUGGACGACGAGGAGGAAACGCCGCCUCACCUGCUUCUUCCCGAUAGUCUGGAGCUCAUGCAGAAGAUCCAACGCAAACUGAAGAAGAAACGACGCAAUAAACACAAGAAACAGCCACAUCGACACUUCAAUGACCUCUGGGUGCGCAUGGACGACAGCACGACGGCCGAACCCCCGCCCCCUCUCGUACGCAUCAUCAACGGUUACGUCGCAGUCCAGACACACCCAGAAGACAGCGGCAGACCCAAUCACGACAGGACAUUCAAAGACUCCGCCCCCUCACAGACAGGCCACACCCUCACUGCCUUUAUUCUGUGUGUUCACAUCAUCAUACUCCUUAUCUUAUAACCUGACCUGUCGUGACCUCUGAUGACCUCUAGGGUUUGGGGUUGACUAUGGACAAAGUACUGCACAAAAAAACCUUUACUCUUCAUUUCUUGAAGAAUCACUUCCAUGUAUAUAUAUAUAUAUAUCAGAUGUAUCAUAGAUGUAAUUUAGAGUUAUGAAUAAAGCAUUUGUUUGUUUACUUAAUAUGUAUUAUAUUUUUGUGACAAAAUCAGGUACUAACCAGCAUUCAAUUGUGCAUUUCUCAUUUCAUGUCAACUUCAUGCCUUGAUUGUUUAAAGACUGUUUUGUGUGUGAAAAGAGAUUAUUCAUUUAAUUUAUUGAACAGAUAGUUUUUAGUUCAUCUAAAUGUGUUUGUGGUUGUUUUGGAUUGUUUGCAUAAUGGCAUUAUAAAAUCAUAUUUCUGAUAUCCAGUACCACUGAUUUCUGUUUAUGCGUGUGUGCACUAUGAUGCUAUAGUAAUCUACAUUUGUCUGAGCUGUUAAAACAAACUGUUUAUCUAAUUAAAAAGGUGCUCAAU